GAUUGUAAAGUACGUAUGUCGAUUGAACUGCGUUCCGCCCUUCGGCUCGAGUCACCAUUUUUGUUCAUGCUUACACUUGCUGCACCUCCAUCAGCAGCACCCGCUGCUGCGGCGCCGGUGCCCCGUCUCUUACUUCCUUAAAGAGGGAAUUAUAAUAACCUAAACCCUAAUUUUCCGGCCGCGAACAUCUUCUCAAGCAACCAUGACCGACCACGUGCAGGAGCAGGAGAUGGAAAUCGAGGCGUUGGAAGCCAUUCUUAUGGAUGACUUUAAAGAAAUCGACCCCAGCGAGAGCGGAGUAAGCACCACGAGCCGGUGCUUUCAGAUUACUCUGUCACCGCAAGAUGAUGAUCUAGAUCCAUCAAAUUAUACUCCUGUUCAGUUGGCUUUGAUAUUUUCUCAUACUGAAACAUACCCAGAUGAACCUCCACUUUUGAAUGUUAAGAGCAUACGGGGAAUAAAAACUGAUGAUCUUAAUCUGCUACGAGAAAAACUUCGACAAGAGGCUCAUGAAAGUCUUGGUAUGGCGAUGAUUUAUACGCUCGCAACUUCAGCUAAAGAAUGGUUGCAUGAAAAGUAUGGGCAAAAUGUUUUAGAUGAGGUUGUUGAGGAACCUCCUCCAACUAAAGAUGAUAUAAUUAUUCCGCACGGGGAACCUGUUACUACUGAGACUUUUUUGGCUUGGAGAGAGCGAUUUGAAGCAGAACUAGCACUAGAGCGAGCCAAGUUAAUGCCAGAGUCAGCUCUAACUGUGCCCAAGGAUAGAAGGCUGACUGGAAGGCAAUGGUUUGAGAGUGGAAGAGCUGCAACGAAAGGUGCAGCUACAGUUACCGAGGAUUCUGAGGAAGAAGAAGAAAUCGACUUUGAUGAUGACUUUGAAGAUGAUGAUGAUGAUGAUGAAAUGCUCGAGCAUUAUUUGGCACAAAAAUCUGAGAAAUCAUCAGAGGGAUCCAAAAUCUAAAAUCAAGACA